UGUGACUUGUGACCCCACUUUGCAAGAAUAGAAAUAUUGUCAUGGAUCAACUAUGCUUGUUAAGUGUGGAAGAACAAAAAACAGAACUGAAGAAAAGCUCAAAAGAAACCCAACAAAUAGAGGAUAAAGAUGCAGAGGUAGUCUUCGUUGGGGUAAUUUCAAAGGCAAAACCAGUCAUUUCCAAAAUUUUGAACAGAGUCACCCCAGGUUCAUACUCAAGGAGAAAAAUGUUCAACCACUUUCAGAAAGAUACCACACACAAAUCACAGCCUACACAUUAUAUGUUCCCAACGUCAGAAACAACUUGUCAAUCUGAAUUAAUAUCAGCAAGUGGUCCUAUUAUUACUGAGCCUUUGUCUGAAACCGGUUAUAAAAAUGAUUCACCACAAGCCAUGCCCAUUAGGUCCUCAGAGUUUUAUCCCAUGGUUGCAUUCACAAGUUCAUGGCAUCAUCCAGUAACAGCAACAUUUUCAGUAAGAGGUGUAAAUGAAAGUCCUCAUGUGGCAAAGCGCCAGUGUUCCACUUCUGAAGAAAGUAGCAUCAAUCCCAAAAGGCCAAAACUUAAUGACAGACACAGAGAAAGAUGUUCUUCAGCUUUGCCUCCUCCAGGCAAUUUUUAUAAAGUGAAUCCUCAGCAAAGUUCACCUUUAAAUAGUGUUCCUGCCUGUCUAAACCUUGUUCAGAGUGAGUCACCAACAGCUUUUCCAAAAGAUAGUGUCCACUUCAAGCCAAUCAGUUUAAAUCUUGAUAGAACAAAUGUAUUGGCAAAAACAGACAUUUCAAACCAUACAAUACAAAACAAGAACUUUGAUCCCAAGAAAGGAAAUCUGACCCUGUUAGUUAAUGACUUUAAUUAUGGACGUUAUGAGGAGUAUGGGCGGCCACAGCCGAAGACCCGCACAAUUUUUAAAUGCUCUAGAUGUCAUCAGGUUCUAAUAAAUGUGAUGUUUAUGAGGCACAUGAGGUACCAUUUGGAAUUUGAAAAGCAGAGUGGUAACAAGGGUAAAGGGCACCAUCUGACGGCAAUUGCCACCAGAAAUUCCCCCAAGCCCUUCCAGCUACAGUGUCACAUUGACAGAGUGCAUACUACCAAAGAGCCUUAUUCUCCCUGUAAAAUCUGUGAAUUGCCAUUUGAAACAGAUCAAGCUCUCUUACAAAACAUAAAGGAUGAUCAUAAUCUUGGAGAGAUGCUCUAUGUGUACCAGGUUUGCAAAUAUAGGUCAUCAGUCUUUGCUGAUGUACUAACACAUUUGAGAAAGUGCCAUGCAAAUACAAAUAAUCUGCUCUGUCUCAAAAAUUUCAAAACUGUAUGUGCAUGUAUGUGUCAUUAUAGGGGCAUUGAGAAAAGUAGGUUUACCUGUUCAAAAUGUAGGCUACAGUUUCUGACUUUCAAGGGGAAAAUACAGCACAAGACCCUGUGUCACCAAAUAUUUAAGAAGCCUAAGCAACUAGGAUUGCCUCCUGAGACCUAAGUAGUUAUUCAAGUGUCCCUGGGUCCUUUUCAGCCAGGAUCAAGGACAGCAUCAUCUAUCACUGUGAACACAUCUGACAUUGAACCAUCUCCCUUAGCUCUAAAAGAAAAAUUUCAGAAUAACCCAGGGCUUCUAUUUUUGAUAAGCUAAAAGCCAGUAUUUCAGCCUAAAGCAAAACCACAUGAAAUUAAAGAUAACAAUUACAUACUAUCCAGUAGCACCAAAAUUAUUUCUUUUGGGGACUAACUGAUUAUGGCUUCAGCCCAGGAGGAGUAGUUGUAUUUGUUAUUAUUAUUGACUUUAGUGUUUACCAGCUAUUUAAACAUACUAAAUCUCUGACAUCAGAGUUUUUUGAAAUGUUGUUAUAAUUGUUGUAUACAGAAAGUCUGUUAUUUGCAGACUAUUACAUGUGGUUUGGAUCAGUGCAGUUAAAAUUAUUUUUAAAGUUAAAAAAUUAAUUUCCUACAUAUGCUUACUUGAUGGGUAGACACCCUCACUCAGUUUCAUCUGAUUUUUAGUUAUCUUUAUACUAUACUGCCACUUUAUGCUGUCACUUUUGUUGGCAGUGCCAAUGUUUGAACUCAGGGCUCUGUGAUAGCUAUGCUUGUUUGCAUGGCCAGUGCUCUAUUGUUUGAGACACACUUCCAGUGCUAUAUUAUUUAUUUAUUUCACUGUUUUCUUCUGGAAAUAGAGUCAUGUGAACUUUUCUGUACUGUUGUCCUUAUCUUACCUUCUUGAGAAUUACAAAAGUGAAUCACUGAUAUCCCCACAUUUUUAUUUGCAUCAUUUCUUUCAACUGGUUUAUUUCAAAAAGUUCAUAUAUGUAUACAAUAUAUCUUAAUGAGACUUGCCCUCUCCAUCAGUCUCCCUUAUACCCUACCCACUUCCAUGAAAAAGUUCUCCAAGCUUCAUUGUUCCAUUUUCACACAUGUAUAUUUCACACAAAAUACCUCAAGUAUUUUAUCCAUAUUCAUCCUCCUUAAAGCUCUUUGUUUACCCUCUCCACUCCCACUAGUGCAUCCAUCCCAGACAGGACUUAUUUUACAUUCUCAACAUUUUUUUUAGUGUAUGCUGUUUACUGUGGUAUAUCAUACCACAUGCUAUAUAGAAUUUAAUCAGAUUGAUUCCACUUUCUCCAUUUGCUCUACCCACCAUUAUCAACAGCUUUCAGUAUUUUGCUAUCUUUAUUUACAGAUGCCAUAUAUUUUAGUAUUCACCCUCUAGAAUUCUUUUCAAUCUUCUGAUCCUCUUGAAUUGUACCAUAAUUACAAACAUUAAACACACAAAUUUAAAUGAUUCCAUUUGUUUAUAUGUUUCUCAUUAAGAUAUGGCAUUCAUAUAAUGAACAAAAAUUGCUUUAAUUUUGCCCCUCUGAAGCUCACUGAAUUUGAUUAACAUAAUGAUCUCCAGUUAUAUUUCCCUUAAAAUGAGGAAAAUUUAUUCUUUAUGAUAUCAAUUGUGAAUAUAUACCACAUUUUCUUGAUUCACUCAUCAGUGGUAGGAAACCUAGGCUAUUUCCAUAGCUUAUUGUUAGUAUUGCUGCAGUGAACAUGGUUGUGUAUGUAACUCUAUUGCGUCUUGAUGUAGAAUAUUUAGAUCUAUGCCCAAGAGUGAUAUUGCUGGAUAUUAUGGUGUUACAUUUUUUAGGUUUUCAGUUGAGUCUUUCAGGAGCUUCUGUUUUUGUAUUGAUAGUACUAUACAAUUGUAUUGAUAGUACUAUAUAAUUUUAAGCACUGUUAUUUUAUUUUGUUGAUACAUACAUUGAAUAUCUAGAUUACUGUUUUAAAAGCCUUGUGAAGUUUCUUGUGUACUUGCUGUCAUGUCAGAAAUUUUUAUUAAUGUUGCUAAAAUUAUGAGUAAAACAACAAUUACAGUAAAAAUGUUUUGCGAAAAAGGUGUUUUUUAUAUUCUUUCCAUCAAUAAAAUGUUUUAAUUUAAUUUU